AUGCACGAUAACGAUGAUGCCAUGAAGUACGCCAGGGUCAACGUCGCCGAUCGUAGUCGACAUAUCGGCGAACGCGAGAUCUACUACAUCAACCCUCUUCUGCUGACUCGCAAGCCAUUCUUCGCGCGGCCGCAAGGCUACUUCGGUGAGCCACCAGAAGGCGCUUACGCAGCUCGGUUCUAUCACUCAGCUCGAUUCCACGCCCUGGCCGGCGCAGAUUCCGCCAUUACCUGCGCCUUAGAUCGCGUCUACACCUUGCUGGACGAGCGCAUGAACGAUCUUGCGGCCCGGGCCACAUGCCGCAACAUGCAGCUGGCUGAUCCUCCGGUCCGCGAGGUGGUCGUCGAGAUGAUUAGUGGAGACAAGAACGUACGCAACCUCUGCGGAAGAAAUCCAACGGUAUUUACGGCGGGCAGAUUCAUGAUUGAGAGAGAGACCGGCGUGCUCUUUGGUGAUGUCGUCGAUGUAGUCAAGAAAGAGUAUCGAAAAGGCUACAUGAUCGACGGUUGGAAUCUUGUCCAGAAUAGCCAGUUCGGUCAUCUCGAGUUUCCAGGUGGAUUCCCCAUUACGGCAGAAGAGAGGAAGCAAAUAGAGUGGCGCCAGCUCAAGGAAAAGAAGGUCCAGCAGUUCAAAGUGGAGGUGGCUGCUAUCGCCAGCACCCGAGCUUGA